AUGCAGCAGCAGCAGCUGUAGUUGGUAAACACUACAUGCACUAGCACUUUAAGCAGACCAGCAAACUCGUUGCAAAAUGUCCUUUUUAAAAAACUUUUGCGGCUAAGGAUGACACCGAGCGUUGGAUAACGAGCAAAAGAGUAGCCGAAGACAAGCUCAAGAGGCCACAGGAUGGAUCCAGAAACGAGAGACAAUCGCUUAAUCGAGCGUGAGGCCGAGGAGGUGUAUGUUCUCAUGAAGGAGGAGUACCGCAUCUCCAGAAACAUCCGCGCCUCCUGGUUCUUUGGCAACCUCAACAAGGAGAUCAAGAUCAAGUCCGACCAAGAUCUGAUCACUUCUAAGGAAGAACUCGAGGUCCUGUCUAUCAUUCCAAGAGGCAACUUGGACAAACUCCCGGCCGACGUGCCCGUCCGAUACAAGCUGGUUCCCAGCAGUCAUGUGACCUUCCUGGCCAGACGCUAUCGGCACGUCAUCGUGAUGGACCUCAGUCCGUCUAUGGCCACGGUGGACACCCAGUCUGGUCGAGUCACUCUCCUAGAUCUCUUCAAAUGCAUCAGCAACUGUCUGGAGGGACUCGUCAAGCCGUUUUUUGUUCCAGGAAGCUCGUUGAUGCUGUCUCCAAAGAUCUAUGUCACUGUCAUCGCGUAUACCCCUCUGGCUUCACUCACAACGCAGCAGGUGUUGUUCCAAGGCUGCUUGUUGACCCAGGAAAACCUGUCUUCAUUUCUGGAUCAGUUACGAGAAGAACUGGAGGAUUUUGAAAACAAAGUAGUCGACAAUAUGUUCACAAGUCAGCUGAAUGAAAAUCUCGACCCCGGCCACCAGAGCAUAUUUGACGACAUUGUUGAACCCGCGGGUUCGCUGUUGUCAUCUGCCGCCCAGCGACAGGAGAUGGAGACCCAGGAUAUGGCGACCCCUGAAGCGUGCUUCGUCAACAUGCUCUGGUGCGGUAUUUUGGCGUUGCAGUUGCUGCCGGAGAACACUAGUGCAGGCAUCAUCUGCGUGACUGACGGCGUGACGGCCAUGCCAGACAUCGCCUCAACUAAUCACCUCCUGACGCAGAUGAGGAACAGCACCGUGGCGUGCUCCUUCCUGCAAGUGGGUAAAGGCUUCCACCCGCACUGCAGCUUUGGUUACAUCCCGCACACGGAGAUCAUGCAGUUCAUCGCCACAGCAACCUUCGGAGCUUUCCUGUCCAAGUGCCCCAAAAUACGCUCCAAUCAAAUUGAGAUGAACCAGUACCACAGGGCAUUCCUAUCCUGGAACUUCCAGAAAGGGCUGGACGGUAUCAAGAUAGACUACAUUAAAGGGAGACAGCAUCAAGUCAUCUCGUCGGAAGUAGCCUGUCAGACAGAAGGAAUCCAGCCGCCAGCUCCUUUCGCUGUCAACAAGCAAGGGCUGUGCACCAUUCCCUUGAUCAGGAAGAAGCACCGUGAUUACAAGCUGCAUACCAGCCUGGCUAACGUGCUGUCUGUCAGACUGAGAGAAGGCUACACCAUCAAGGAUGUAGCUCUUACUAAAAAUGACAAACAGAUUGAGGUGAAGUUAGCACUCCCCUGGAAAUACAACGGCAGGAUUGAGUACAUUGCAUCCUCAGCAUGGCCCCUGAAUCCUAACAGGCAUCUGACCAACGUGGAUGUCAUCAUGGAGGGUAGCUAUGAGUUCCUUCAUGACUUGACGUGUCGCAUGAAGAAGAGUCCCCACAAUGCCUACCGCACCAGGGUGGUCAUGAACUUCUGGCAGACGCUGCGCAGUUUGCAGGAGACCGAUCAACUUCUGGUCCAUCUGCAGUCUUUCUCCACCAACUCCAUCUACUACACGGUGCCCGACGGCAUCAAGAAGGGUAUCCCUCUGCUCUACAUGCCUCCUUACUCCGAGACCCCGGUCCUGGCUCAGAAAUUUGACAGCAAAGAUUCCAGCCUGGAGCUGUUUGCAGGAUUCUGGAAAAGGAUCUCUCUCAUGGAACCCAAGAAAUGGCAGAGAUGGUUGCACACUCACAGAAUUGCUCUUCUCCUGGUGCCAGAUAUGCCUUUGCCAAAGCAUCUGUACCUGCCUAAUAGCAACGGUCGAUACAACAACAUCCAGAGCAGAGUUGCCCAGAAGGAGCUCAACUCACUCUUGACUGAAUUCAGCACCUUCACGUUGCUGGAGAACCACAGCUACAUCACCCUCACGUCAACGGAUGCCAGUAGUCCUCCUACGUCCUUCUAUCUGAUCAGAGUGCAGUCUAAAGCACCUUGUGUGGUCAUCAGACUAGCCUUCCUGGGAGGAACGCCGGGACAUGAGAGAAACCAGAUCGUGAGCGAACUGAGGCAGAAGUUACAAGACCUGACCGUGCCUACCAGGCAGACUGGCUACCUCAAAGCCAACACCGGCCAGCGCAAGUCCAUCGUCUCUAAGAUGGCUGCAGCGGCCAAGGGCAAAGCUGCCCAGCAGGAGCAGAAACAGAACACAGACAAGUCCUGUGUCAUCAUCCUGGCCAGGCCUAUUGAUAUCAUCCUGGUCAAAUACGAAAGGAUGCCUCCGGACUUCGCUGACCUAAAGACUUCGAUCCAAGUCACGACGGGUUCCGUUCCUGUCUACAUGGACAGCAAAGGGCCCGUCAAGGACCUGAAUCGUCUGGCCUGCUACCUACACCAUCAUCGAUGGAUAUGGGAUGCUCAGAAUGAUCGCAGUGCUCCUAUCUCAACGGAAGCGGUGGCCCAUGUCCUGUCUGUUCUCACAGAUUUGAGGCUUCAGGAAGGCUUCCAUUUCUCCUACUCCAACUCGGGGAUCAUCAGUUUUGUCACCGAACUCAAGAUGAAGAAUCCAAUGAAGUCUGGCAGUAGGGACCUCUACCCCGGACUAACCCAGUCCCAACAACCACCGGCCAGUCCCAAGCCUGAAGCAGAGUCAGCAGACGUGGACCCAGACACAGUGGCAGAUGGGGUGACAGACACAGCGACAGACGGGGCGGGGGACGAUGUGUUCCCAUGCCUGGUGCAGUACAUCGUGUUCCCGCCGCACACGGCGACAUACUGCAUGGACAGGACUACAGGGGGCUCCAACCAUCCCGACUUGGACCCUCUUGACGAGCAGGACACAGCGGAGGCAGACGGCAGACUACAGCUGGUGACAGAAUGCUGGGUGGAACCUCAGAGCGGCACGGCGUUCGACGUACCCAGCGAGAGAGAAUACUUCCAAAACUGCAGCUACAAGGACGUUCCUCAAGUGCUGUUCCCCUUAGACCAGGAGGUCAUCUCCACCUUGCUGACCUACGAACACCUCAAGGUCCUGUGUCGCGAGCGAGGCAUGAUGACGCCCUUCGUGGCGCACCCCUCGACGGACACGGUGGGGGAGACCCUGAGACUCAGUGAGUCCAUCACCCACCUGCCUUACUCCUUGGAGGUGCUGAAGCUUCUUCCAAAGUGCCAGCAGGCGGAGGUCUUGUGCUCCACGUACAUCGAGGAACCAACAACUGAAAAUGGUGCCGACGACUCCUUCCCAAGACCAAACUUUCCACGAUACCCGAAACCCAACUGUACCCUCUACUGUCUCCUUCUGAACGCCCUGGCCAAGAUGACCAAUCACGAGCUCACACUCUCCGAGGAGGACAGUCUCAAUUUCGCCAAGAUGGUCCUGGACAGGAGCCGGGACGCCGACAGCGGACCAGCUCCAUUCCAGCUUCCAGACUCGGACUUCGAAGCUCUGAUGAAGAGGGCUAGGCAGGUUCCAAAAGUGGAUGUCGGCAGGACCACGAGUUUGAUGACGGAUCUUUCCGAUUCUCACUCCAGUACUCAACCAGAGGCCUGGCAGCAGGCAAUGAGAGAAGGCCAAGCAAGGCGGGAGAGCCUGGUCCCGCGAUGGACCUGCUUCGUCAAGGAAGCUGUCCGAGUUAGCGACGCCGACAAGGAUUCCAAGCCCAGCUCACACCUGGUUUUGACAUUUGUGCCGGCUAGCUACGGUGACCUCCAGAAGCUGAUGGAGCUUGGAAAGCCCAACGGCGAUGGCGGAAACCAGAACGGUGACGGAAAAUCAGAAUCAGAUGCCAAAGUCCUGGAUUCCAGGAGCUCAUCAACAGUGCCUCCCCAAGACCCCACCCCUGUGCCUGAUGACUUAAACACCUCUGAGGUAGCACUUGGAGAUGAUUCUCUCUGUGACGAGGACCAGCCUGAUUCCCAGAGUCCUGAUUUCUCGGACUGCAAGCACGGUCUCACGUUACCGAUAUACGUCUACGAUUGCUCCCUCUCCUCCCUCAAGCACCAACUCCUGAAGCAUGAAGCUCACGAGGUGCCACCGGAUUUCUUUCAAGACCUAACCUUCGCCUCUCUGGAGGCUCAGACCCCGGCUUUCAUGGCAUCCCAGACCCCCUCCAGGAGCGGCACAGGAACUCCUCGGGCCUCCCUGUCCAGGCAUUCCUCCCGGGGUCAUUUGGACCUCCUCGCCGGAGCCCCACUCUCCCGGACUCUCAGCUCAGGACAGCCCAGCAAGACCCUGGGCCGAUUCUGCUCUCAGCUCGGCGAGAAGAUCAGCAAGUACUUUGUGAUGGGGAUUUUUAAGAGUCUGCAGCGGGGCCAGUAUGUUGACGCCCGCGAUGUGCAGAUGGCUCUCGACUUCAUCUGUGUGGAAUCGCUGCAUGAUAUUGACAUCACCCACUUCCUACAUGCAGUGUGUGGACACGUCAGAAAGUAUAGUGAAAAGCUUAGUAUUGAGCAACAAGCCAGCGACCUUCUGGCCAAGAAGAUCAAAUUUGCCGACCAAGUCCAAGUGGAUGUCGACGAAGACGAUAAUGAUGCAGAGCAAACAGGGAUUCGGGCUCACACAAAAUCCAAGUCCUUGCAAAAGCCUAACAAACCGUCGCUGUCCAAGACGUCGCGUCAUUCCGUCAAAGUACCGCUCUCGGCUCUCAUGUCUGCUAAACCUUGCCCGACGGGAACCAACGACCUGCACCAGCUCAUCCAGAAGAAGUUCACGCAGGUCAUGAGCGACCACUUUCAACCGGUGCCCUCCAACCCCGACAUAUGGUACUUCCGCCAACCGGAGUUUCAGGACAGAGAGAUUGAUAUGAUUUUCCAAGAAGGUGAAGAUGACAACAAAUCUGAUGUGAUGUCAUUUGAGCCAGAUAAGCUUCACACCACCAGCAUACCGGAAGAAAUGACGUCAGAACAAAUGAGUGUGACAAGUUACACCUCGGACAACGACGAGAUCCCCAUCCCUGAGAACAAGAUCAACUCCAUUGUGGAUGUCUACCAGUCCUCACUGCGACGGAGGGAGAAGAACUCUCUCGCAGAUAGCGACGAACAGAGCACCUCCACGGAAUCCCUGAUGGGCAGCUAUGAGGAGGAGAUGUCACCCCUGUUUGUGCACUUGGUAUGCUCCGUCAAGCUGAAGAAUAACGUGGGGAAUAUGUCCAGGAGGACUCUACCAACAUGUCUAGGACAUCUCAUGGACUGCCUGGAGAGUCCCCCCGAGGAUGAGAUUGACCCCGCCGACCUCUCAGUGACCCUUGACCUCAUCUGCCUGACCCUGCCGUCGGAGCUCGACGAACCCGAGGCAGCAGACGGUGACGACGUGUUCGCAGACCGUCGACGCGAGGUGUCCGUUACGGAAUCCACGCCGCCCCAGUCCCCGCAGCUUCAAAUGGAUAACCCGUACCUCCUGUCGCCAGGCAGGGGUCGAGAGCUGUCCGAGUUUGAUGAAGUGGACGGUCAUGGAGUGGAUCCUGAAGCACUUGGCAGUCUGCCAGAACCUCAGAUCAUGGCCAUCAAGACAACCAAAGAAGAGAUCAAGUGGCUACUGGAGGACGAGAUUGCCUCGGCCAAGCACCACAUCUUCCCGGUUACCGUGGAGACCUUAGACAUGGUCGCUCAGCACGUCAAGGUCUCCUACCCUGCCAAGCCGUCCUGCAGGUCCACAGAGAUCCCGCUGAAGUUUGUCUUUGGUCCGGAACAGAGCCUCGCCAAAUUCACAGAGGUAAGGGCGAACUUUAACCCUAACGAACAUGAAGCCUAG